AGAGAAUCCACGCCACCAUCAAAAGCUUUCACACGCCACAAUUUAAGGACGUCCUUAAAGAAGGUUUGUUGUAUAAGAUUCGGCAUUUCAUGGUGGCUACCGAUGGAAAAGACUACAAGACCACUACCAACAAAUAUAAGAUCAUCUUUUUUAAGAAAACAAAAGUUUUUGAGUUUGAAGAUGCAACGUUUCCUAAUGAGGUUUAUAAGUUCAGACAAUUCGAGACAAUAUUGUCCACAAAGAUCUUGAAUGAGAAGGAAAUGUUUGAUGUGAUAUGCGUGGUUGUUGGCAAGUAUGGUCUAAAGGAACUCACAUACAACAACCGUCCUCAUAAGAUUAUGGAGAUUUUUGUUUGUGAUAAUAUGUACGUCAAAUGUAUACGUAGUAUUAGAUUAAAGAAACUUAUUUGUUUGUUGAUUAUCCAUUUGGUUAUGCUAAUAAAUUUUUCCGUUUUUUAAAUCAAAGGAUGAGACAACUACGAUGCUCUUUAUGGGAUCAGUAUGCCGACCAAAUUUUA